AUGGGGGAAGAAGAUGGAGAGGCAGUGUACAACUCUGAGGCUGCAGUGUACAACACCCUAAAGCUAAGCCCUUUCAAAAUCGAAGGCAAAGGAGGAUUCAGAGCUACUUCUUUCAUAUACGUUUUGACGGGGUUGGAGAACGUGGGCGUGGUCGCGAACAUGGUGAGCCUCGUGCUCUAUUUCUCGUACAAGAUGUAUUUCGAUCUGUCCACGUCAGCAAACACUCUGACCAAUCUGCUCGGAUCCACUUAUCUCCUCUCCGUCGUCGGCGGCUUUUUUUCCGACAUUUACAUCACCAGGUUCAAGUGCUGUCUCAUUUUCGCCGCCGUCGAAGUCUUGGCGCUGUCGAUGAUGGCCAUUCAAGCCCACACGGCCCGCUUGCUACCCGAACCGUGUGGGAAAUCGAGUUGCGUGAAGGAUGGCGUGGCAGUGUAUUUCUACUCGACAAUGUGUUUGCUGGCGCUCGGCAUUGGCGGGCUGAGGGGCUCGUUGCCCGCGUUUGGUGCCGACCAAUUCGACCCGAAGGACCCGAAAGAGGGCAAGGGACUCGCGAGCUACUUCAAUUGGCUGUUGCUCAGUUCGGUUACCGGUGGCUCGAUUGGGGCUACGGUAGUCGUUUGGGUGGCGACGAACAAGAGCAAUCAGAACUGGUGGAAGGGGUUUCUGAUUUCGGCGGCCGGGACGUUUGUGGGUUUGGUGGUACUUGUGGUCGGGAAGCCUUUUUAUAGGCUUCACGUCCCUAGAGAUAGUCCUAUUACAAGAAUCGUGCAGGUUAUUGUGGUGGCCCUGAAAAAUGGGAGAUUGCCUCAUCCAGAGAGCCCAAGUGAGCUGUAUGAGAUGAACGAGAAAGAUUUAGAUCCAACUGCACAAAGAAUCGCGCACACUCAACAAUUCAGAUGGCUAGACAAAGCCGCAAUCCUCCGUCCGAACACGCGCCCAUCCCCAUGGUCCGUAUGCCCAGUAAGCCAAGUGGAAGAAGUGAAGGUCCUCACCCGCAUGCUCCCGAUCAUCGGCAGCACCAUAAUCCUCAACACCUGCAUGGCCCAGCUCCAGACGUUCUCCGUCCAGCAGGGCUACCGCAUGGACCCUCGACUCGGCCCAUCCUUCCGCGUCCCACCAGCUUCAAUCCCUGUCAUCCCCCUCCUCUUCAUGGUCCUCCUCAUCCCACUCUAUGACCGCGUAUUCGUGCCCGCCGCCCGUAAAUUCACCAACCACCCGUCCGGCAUCACCCAACUCCAGCGUGUCGGUGUGGGGCUUCUCCUCUCCGCCCUCUCCAUGGCUGCCGCGGCCUUAGUCGAGGUCAAGAGGAAAAACCGGUCUUUAGCCGACCCGUCGAGGCCCGUCAGCCUCUUCUGGCUCUCUUUCCAGUACGCGGUUUUCGGGAUAGCCGACAUGUUUACAUUGGUGGGGCUGUUGGAGUUUUACUACCGGGAGGCUCCCGCCGGUAUGAAGUCGCUCUCGACUUCCUUCGUCUGGAUUUCGCAGUCGUUGGGGUACUUCUUGAGCAGCGUGUUUGUGAACGUGGUUAAUUCGGCGACGGGUUGGCUGAGCGGGCAGGACUUGGACCGGAACCACCUGAACCGGUUUUAUUGGUUUAUGGCGGUCGCGAGCGGGGUUAAUUUCGUAAAUUACUUGUUUUGGGCGGUGUGGUACAAGUACAAGAGGGACGACGAGGGGGUGGUGGGGGUCGCGGAUGCGGCGUCCACGCCCGAGACGGAGAUUGGUGGGCACGUGCCGUUUCUCAAGGUGGCCAAAGAGGGAGAGAGUAUGGAGCUAAGGAAAUAUGGAAUGGAAGGCUAA